GUCUUCUUAAAUUUUCUUAAAAGUUCUCUCUUUCGUCGCAAGCCUCCCUCGCGCCCCCUCCUCCCUCCUCUCCAGAUACCUAAAUUGUACACACUAUAACAUUCAUCAUUUCCCAAUUAUUUCUGUAUCCAAAUGCUACUACAAUAAAGUUUUUCAAAGUCAAAAAAUAAAAAUAAAAAGUAAAAUGGCGAACGGAAAAGUGGAAAACGGAGGAGUUUUUUCGUCGGAAACGUUCAACGGCGGAAAAGAUGUAUUUAGUUCUAAAGCAUCCGAUGCUUCCACCGCCGAUCAUCUAGUUAUGAUGGUCCACGGUAUUCUCGGAAGUGCUUCGGACUGGAAGUUUGGUGCAGAGCAGUUUGUUCGGAAUCUUCCCGACAAAGUUUUUGUUCAUUGCAGUGAACGUAAUAUGGCUAAACUAACGUUGGAUGGUGUGGAUAUAAUGGGCGAGCGAUUAGCUGAGGAGGUUCUUGAUUUGACCAAAAGAAAGCCAGGUUUGAAGAAAAUUUCUUUUGUUGCACAUUCUGUUGGAGGAGUAGUGGCAAGAUAUGCAAUUGGGAAAUUAUACAGACCUCCACGAGCGGAGAAUGUGGAGAAAUUUUCGGACGAUACCAGUGAAGAAUGGUUAAAGGGCACAAUAGCUGGACUGGAACCAAUAAAUUUUAUCACUGUUGCCUCACCUCAUUUGGGUUCAAGGGGUAACAAGCAGGUGCCAUUUCUUUUUGGUGUAACUGCCUUUGAGAAAGCUGCUGGUCUCUGUGUUCAUUGGAUAUUCAAGAGAACAGGCCGACACCUUUUCCUUAAUGAAGAUGAAGGAAAGCCUCCAUUACUAAGACGGAUGGUGGAAGAUGAUGUUGAAUUACGCUUUAUGUCUGCAUUGGGUUCUUUCAAGCGAAGGGUCGCAUACUCAAAUGUUGGUUAUGAUCAUAUUGUUGGUUGGAGAACAUCAUCAAUUAGACGUAAUAAUGAGCUGCCCAAGUGGGAGGACUCCUUAAAUGAGAAGUAUCCUCACAUUGUGUAUCAAGAACAUUGCAAGGCGUGUGAUAGUGAGCAGGGUGAGUGUGUUGUAAAGGAAGAUGAUUGUCUUGACAAGCUAGAAGAGGAGUUGGUGACGGGUUUAUCUCGGGUAUCCUGGGAGAAAAUAGAUGUCAGCUUUCACAGCAGCAGGAACAGAUUUGCUGCUCACAGUGUUAUUCAGUUUGGGACAAACAGGUGUUUGAUGGUGACUGAAUCUAGUGUUCGUAAGGCUGAUCUUAGGUCAUCACUCAUCAGUGUUGCUCAUCAUGGGGUUGACUCUGUCAUUUACUUAAAUAAAUCCUGUAACUGAAUGGUGAUCAGAGUACACUAAGGUCAAAUCAGGAAAAAAGAAAAAAGAAAGAAGAGGUUAAGGAUCAAUACAUGCAUGCAGAAGGUGCUGAUGUUAUCCAACAUAUGAUAGAUAAUUUUCUCUCAUAGAAGUCGUCCAAAUCUGAAGCACAUUGGAUUGUGGUAAAGCAUGCUCAAUUUACAAGGUUAAAAUUGUACUAGUUUCUCGUGAUUAUGACAUUCAUGAACUUUAUUGUAAGCAAUUUUGUUAAGUCAA